CUUGACCCUCAAGGUGACCUUUGAUGAUUUGUGGAAGGAUUUUGUUUACAACUCUCUUUAUUCUAAGUUUAUUCGUUUCACCGACAAUGAUUACAAACAAGCUUCUUCGUGCAAUUAUAAUGGGGCCACCGGGGUCAGGAAAAGGCACAAUAUCCGAGAGAAUAGUGAAAGACUUUCCAAUGAAACACCUGUCAAGUGGAGAUCUUCUCAGAGCUCAGAUGGCCAAUCAAACAGCUGCUGGAAUUGCUGCUAAAAAAUUCAUUGAAGACGGCCAGCUUGUACCAGAUGAUGUUAUGGUUGAACUGAUUGGUAAUGAGCUAGGUGGUAUUGCAAGCCAAAGCUGGUUGUUAGAUGGAUUUCCUCGCACAGUGCCCCAGGCUGAGGCCUUGAUUGAGAAAGAACCCAUUGACACAGUUCUGCACCUAGAUGUGCCAUUUGAGAUCAUAAUAGAGCGAACCAUGAAAAGAAGAGUACAUCUAGGCAGUGGACGUGUCUACCAUUUAGAGUUUAACCCACCUAAAGUAGAGGGUAAAGAUGAUGUCACUGGGCAACCACUGAUACAGAGAGAUGAUGAUAAACCUGAGACAGUUAAGGCAAGAUUAGAGACCUACCAGAGACAAACACAACCUGUCUUAGAUUUCUUUAGUGAUAGAGGGGUGCUAUCAGUAUUUAAAGGCAGCUACUCUAAUGAAAUCUGGCCUAAGGUGCACAAAUUCCUAGCCACAAAGAUGAAGCCCCUACAAUACACCGACUAUGGUACUUCAAAGUGAUGCAUAGUUUUUCUUCAGGUGGUCUUCAUACUUAUUUUAAUGGUAUUGUCAUAUGCAACAAUAUCAUUUAACAUUAUAAUUUAUAGAAUUUUUUUAAUCAGUUGGUUGAUACGCUUCAGCAUUGGCAAGUAUGAGACAUUUACACUAAUCUUUGCAUUGCAUGGAAUACAAUCAUGAUGAUAAAAAUAUUUGGAAUAUGGGAUUGUGACAUAGGAGAAUUCUAUUAUACAACUACAUGUAAUUUUCCAAAUGCAAUAUUGGUUUUCAGAGGUAUCAUUUAAUACUUUUACAUGGGACAAUCACAAUGGUUUCCAAACAUAUUCAAUUUUUAAGAGAUUCUUUGAUUUUCUGCAAGAUGACAGAAUGGUAACAUAUCUGAUACAUAAUGAAAUUAGGGUAAAUCCC